CUUAUUGAUUCCUCCCGAAUGAGUUGAUCCAUGACUAAGGCCCUUCGCAGGAAAAUUUUGCUAUUCCCUGAUCGAGUCACGAUAUAAGAAACGUUUAGUUCGUUUUCAUUUAUUUCGGUGAGAAGUGUUUGUAAAUUGAUCAGCGUGCGGUAAGAGACGUUUCCACACGGGUUUACGUUAAGUCCUGGUUGGCGAAAAUGGUUGGGGAGGGACCCAUUAUAAGACCCGUCGAAUACAAAGUAAACUACUUUGUGAUCGGACUGUGUACCAGUUUCGCGGUAUGCGUGGUCCUCACCUUCGCGGUGAUCUACUACUGCUACCAGCGUCGUAAGCGUCUACGCGCCAAACGUAACGGACCGGAUCAACCUUUGGCCUUCCACAGUCACCGUAGACCCACCGCCGUUAAGUCACCGGCGGGUGCAACCGCCGGAACCGGCACUCACUACCUCAAGAAGAGUCCGAGUCCCACGGGAAUCUCCAAGACGCCACCGGGGUUGGCCUCACCGACUACUCCUACGGGGCAGAGUCCCACCGGGAUAGUUGGCCCUUUGGAGAGCGGAGUGUCCAGCCAUCAGCCCUUCGAACCUAAACCGGAACCACCUGUAAGUUUUUUGGGUUUGUUUGUUUAUUCGUAUUUUUAUGAAUAUUUGCAGGUUGCGAGAGAUGUUUGUGUUGCUGAAAACGAACAGCGUCAGUCCCCAGUUAAUGCCAAAGAAGAACAAGAAAAUGAGAAAAACAUUCAACAGAAUGCCGCUUACUUGGGACAACUGGUGUUCAAAUUGAGGUAUAAACAUGACAAAAACGCUCUGAUCGUAUCCGUGGUGAGAUGCAAGGACUUACCCGCCAAGGAUCCGAACACCGGUUCCAGCGAUCCUUACGUGAAACUCCAACUACUACCGGACAAGCAACACAAAGUGAAGACCCGGGUGCUUCGUAAGACCCGCAACCCAGUCUACGACGAGGACUUCACUUUCUACGGGAUCAGCUUCAACCAAAUCCCCGGGAUCACGUUGCACUUCGUUAUACUCAGCUUCGACCGUUAUAGUCGCGACGACAUCAUCGGAGAAGUUUUUUGUGCUUUGAGUAAUGUGGAUGUCGCCCAGAUCGAGACUCAACAAAUGGCCUUGUCCAGGGAAAUUCAACCCAGAAGCCUUAAAAUUCGUUCUCAAGGACGAGGUGAAUUGCUCGUGUCGCUCUGCUGGCAACCGGCGGCCAAUAGACUUACCGUUGUGGUCCUAAAGGCGAGAAACUUACCGAAAAUGGAUGUUACCGGUUUGGCCGAUCCCUACGUGAAGAUCUACCUGCUGUACAACGGUCAACGUAUCGCCAAAAAGAAAACCCACGUAAAAAAGAGAACCCUGAUGCCGGUGUUCAACGAGAGUUUCGUGUUCGAUAUACCGGCCAACGGGCAGUCCUUGGAGGGGAUCAGCUUGGAGUUCCUUCUACUGGACUGGGAUCGAGUCACCAAGAACGAGGUGAUCGGUAGACUGGACUUGGGAGGUGAAAAAUGCUCCGGGACCGCCUUGACCCAUUGGAACGAGGUUUGCAAUUCGCCCAGGAGACAGAUCGCUGACUGGCACAAGCUGAAGGAGUAAGAGGGUCGAUAGAUAGAGCGAAGAAGUGUUUUCUUGUAAAGAGUCUCGCUAGCUAAUUUCGUUUUCGUUUUUUAAAGCACAAUACUCAAUUUUGUGUAUAUUAGAGUUAGUAGGGUUAAGGAUGUAUUACUUUAGAAGUGAAUCAUGGAUAAAGAAAGAUGAAUAUAAUAGUUAUUACCAUUACAUAUAGUUACUAUUUUCACACGGUUUUUGAAAUAGAGUAGCCAUGUCCAUGUUUAAAAAAGAAGCCAAAAUUUUAUUAAGAGCACAUAUUAUAUAUUAUACUACUCACUAAAAAUUAAUAAUUAUUACCAAAAAAAAACGCUUUAAGUGGUCUCACAAGCUUCUCUAAAUCGUACGAUGCAAAUACUAUUCUUGUGUAUAUAUAGAAUUAUGUAAUGAGGGUCAAAUAAAGAUUUAUUUGGAGUACUUAUAUAAAGAGAUUGUGUGUAUAGGGUUUACUAUGACUUUAAAGGUCAGGCUUAAAUUACUUAAUUUUCAAUCAAAAUUCAAAAUACCCGCCUUGCAUUUAAUCUAACGGGAUACGUCAAGAACAUUCCAAAGGUAACUUCGCAUUUCAAUUGUCAUCUGUUGAAUGUGAAGAUAGAUCAUAAGCAGCCAUGAUAUUUGCCAAUGGCGUAUAACUCGCCUUAUAACAAUGUUUUAUGGGACCCAGGGCUAAUAAAGGAUCAAGAGGCCCCUUAUAAAUAAAAUGCAAAAAAUAUUAUUUAUAACACUACAUGUAUAUUAUUUAUAAAAAAGAAACAGUUUUUUUGAAAAUAGUAAUGUUAAAAUACCUUUUUUCGUAAUUUCACUUUUACAAAAUCUUCUAUUACGUCAUUAAACUCUAAAUCCUUCAAAACGUCCCUUUCUCUACACAUUAAUGUUAAAGAAGACAGACGUUCCUCCUGCAUUGUGGCUCUAUAUUUAUUUUUUAUAUAAACUAGCUUGGAAAAGGAACGUUCAGACUCACAAUUUGCUAUUGGUAUCGAUAGAUACAUUUUCAAAAGCGUAUAGGAAACGUGUCAAUUAAUUGGUGUUCUAAAAUAUAUCUUAAAAGAUCAAGUGGAUUGCAUAUUUUUUCGGAAGAGGUUUUAAGAAGUUCCGAGAAAAAUACCAGCUCAUCUGUUAAAUUAAUAUUUAGGUCUAUUACUUCUGCAAAAAACUCUUCAACUUCUGUUUUAGAUAAACAUACAUUAGAGCUAAGUUUUGAAAUCAAACCAAACAACUGGGCAAAAUCUGAAUAUGCAUUACACCGUCGUUCUAAUUCAUUGACCAGCUUAUCUACUAUUACUAAAAAUGACUGCGUGCGAAAUAAUUCUCUUUCAUUUAAUAAUAUUUCAUUUUUACCGUCCGGGUAUUUUUUUUGUCGCUUUGACCUGCCCAUAGAAUACUCAUAUUCUUUCUGUGGUAGUAAACUUUUGGCUUCUUCUUCAAACAAGUCAAAUUGGUCUCGGAAACAGGAAACACUUCUGAUUAGCCCCUUUAAAAUGUUUUCACCAAAUAACAAAUCCAGACCAGGCUUUUCAAGUAUAUUGAAAGCUUCCCCAAAAAGUCUUAAAAUUUUGCUCUAAAAGGUAGCCAUUACAAGAGUCUCCAUUUUUAUCAUUUGUUUAGAAAGUCCCAUGGCUUCUAACUUGAUGUCUUUUUUUCCUGAUGGAUCAUUUUUAAGCAGCCGUUUAUUUGGACAUAGCUUGUUACUAACGCUUUUGCUGCAUCUUCUCUACAGCUCCAACGAGUUGACAGUAAGGUUUUUGCCAAUAUUAUCUAAAAGCAAAUGACAUCAUGUCGAUGCGUGGAGGACCCAAAAAAAGCAUACAAUUUUGGCAAAAAAUUAAAGAACUUUGUAGCAUCAAGGCAAUCGUCAACAGCACAUUCUCCAACUAAAUUUAAAAAGUGUGCAAAACAUGGCACGUAAAAAGCUACCUUGUCAUUCAGGGGGGCCCCUCUGAAUUACAGGGCCCGGGGCUCCAGCCCCUUUAGCCCCAUGGGUAAUCCAGGCCUGAUAACCAUAGCAUAACUUGACAGCCAUUCCUUAAAAAGAAUUAGGUUAAGUUAAAUUUUCUAGUGCGAAAGUCAAAGACAACUAAGAUACAGGAUGAUGUAAUUUUUUUGAAUUUUGUUAACCAUAAAUUCAGCAUUUAUUCUUCGUUUUUUUACACAUUUGAAAAAUGGGUUGUUUUUUAUAUGGAAAAUCUUCUUUUUAAGCAGCCCACAAAAAGGUUGAACUGUGAUAAGGAGAAUGUGGUGAAAAAAUUAUUUGUGAUCGCCUGUACUGCCUUAACGAUUUCCUGGAUGAUGUUGUAGAAUGUCUGGAUGCAACAGCCUGGACAAAAAUAAUUAUUUUAUCUAUUCCAGGCAGUUAAAAAAAAUAAACUCAAUGAUGGACAUUUCCAGGAGAAACAUUAUGUUUCUUUUUCCAGGCAGUUGAUUCAGUUUCAAUUUCCGAAAAAAAUAACAAUUUUCUUUUAUUUAUUCAUUAAUGAAGUUUUCCAAGUAGCACUCAUCUGCCUGAAAUAAAAAAAGGUCGAUUUUUCUAAACCUGCUUGCACAAGAGGAGUAUCACACAAAAAUUUGAACUUGUGCCACUUGCAAGAAGAAAGGACCUUUCCCCAUUUUUAUUUCAGAAACCUAAGGAAUAAAACAACUCAAUUACAUAAUGAAGACUUAUUUCGGUUGCGUAAUGCACCUUGUACAGAUACCUUAUCGCACCUAUCCAUAGUUUACAGUAUAUCCAGUGAUCUAGAAAAUGUCUUUAAAGCUUCCACGAUUUAAUUUACAUGGCAAGAUACCUACUUGAACUAAUUCUUUUAUUUUAAAAGAAAAAUGGUUCCAUGUCCAUUUUUAUGCCCCUGUAUCAGACUGAAACAAUGGUCAAUGACAUGAACUUUCGAGAGAUACUUUUGGGUAUCUCAGAGCGAUAUUCUGUGUGAAAUUGGUAUAUAUCUCUACAAUGACAAAUUGGUCCAUUGCUUUUGUUUAAGUAACAAUCAAAUAAAAUAAGAGUUAUUAGUAUAUCUAUAGAAGAAUUCAUAUUCUUAGAGAAGGUUCCAUGCUCUACCGAGGUUAUCUUGGAAAAUAAAAGUUAUUCACCUUCCACAAAAAUUUAUUUCAGAAUGUAUCAUCCGCCCAACUUUCCUGUUCUCUGGAAAAUACCUUUAAAUUGCUUUGAUUAGGUUUAUUUGGACCAGGAUUGCAGAUACCACCACAGAGCAUUUGUAUUAUUAUCAACAAUGGCCUAAAUUUCAAGUAUCUACCGCAUUUCCCGUCUUUAUUAUGCCCUAAAUCUUCUUAAAUUAUUAUUUGUCUGAUGUACAUAGUUAAUUAAACCAAUUUUAGAGAAUAAACUUUAACUCAUUAUGAUAGUUAAUGAUUCCUAGACAGGAAUGAUUCCUGUGAUAAGCUCUAUAAUAUGAUUUCUCUCGCAUUCAUUUAAUAAUUUCCUCCUCAAUGCAUGGUGCAAAUCAUUUUCAAAAUAAACCCACAAAACGUCGAACCGUGAUAAGGAGACUGUGGUCAGAAAAUUGUGAUCGUCUGUACUGCCUUAUCGAUAUCCUAGCAUGGUAGAAUGUCCGGAUGCAACAGCCUAGACAAAAACAAUUGUUUUAUCUAUUCCAGGCAGUUGAGAAAAAAAAAAGAACUCAAUGAUGAAGUUUCAACUUUAACACCCUGUAUCUUGGGUGUCUUUGUGAAUCUGCUUUCUUAAUUCAUUAUUUAUGGUACAGCCUAUACAAGGUGAGUUAUACGGCAUUGCCAAAUGUCAUGACUGCCUAUGAUCUAUCUUCACAUGAUGACAACUGAUCAAAUGCGAAGUUACCUUUGGCAAAGUUUACUGAAUAAAAUACUGUUUACAUAAAUUAUAUAUAAAAGUUUAAAAUAAGUUUACUGAAUAAAUAUUUUAUUCAGUAAACUUUGCCUUUGGAAUGUUCUUGACGUAUCCUUUUGGAUUGAAUAAAAGGCGGGUAAUUUGAAUUUUAAUUGAAUAGUUGGCAACAAAAAAUUCUAUAUAAACAAUUUUCUUAACAAGCCUAAUAUAGCUUUUUAUUUUUUAUAUUAAUAUUUAUUUUUUUUGUUAAACUUGUAUAUAUGAAACUUUUGUCACUAGUUAGAAUUUAGUUUCUAACUUUUUCACGGGUUGAACACCAAAGAUCGGUAUAUUUAGUGAAAAAAAAUUAUAUAAUGUUUUUUUAGUUAUAUGUUUAUAAGAUGCUCAGACGUGUAUUAUUAUAAUUGGGAAAAAGGGACUAAACGGACCAUAGUAAAAUAUACUAUAUAUUAUUAAUCACAAAAUUAAUUUUUAUUAUUAUAUUAGAAGUGUAUAGAAUAACGUAAUCUGCUUUAGAUGUUUCACAAAAAUAUUGUUAUAAAGGAGAAAACACAUUAUAUAGACAAACUUAUAUAUAAUGUUUUCUCUUCUAGUUUCAAUAGCCAAUAAUUAUUAUCAGUCAACGAAAAAAUGUAUAUUAUUAUUAUUAUUAUAUUCUGUCCUUUUAAAUAUUGUGAAUUUUAUAUACUCUCCUUUAUUAUUAUGGCAGAUUAUGUAGUUAUAAGUCUUUUUGUAGAUUUUAAAAAACCACUUAUUUAGUGAUAUUUUUUAUUUAAUAAGACACAAUUAUAUACGUUGCAUAUUGUAAAUAAAAUUUAAACUUAAAAAUAAAUGUUUUAACAGUG